CUGAAGCAGUUGCGUCCACACCAAGUCACCAACACCUAAUUUCCAGCCACACUCGAUUGAUCUAGUUCCACUUCGAUUUCCGGCCAUAGAAACACAAUUUCCCCAAUUUCCAUUAUCGAUCCACAAGGAAAAUCAAAGAGAGAUGGCUGCUAUAAUUGCGGCCACGGUGGGCUCAUUUCUCAACCUCGGGAUACCUAUGCUGUAUAAUGCGGUGACUAAAGAUCGGCAGCAAGAUGUUAUCUCCAUGCGAUUGCAGCUCAACUACAUCCAAGCUUUCUGUGAAGAUCAUUGCAGAUCGAGAGCUGCUACUUGUAAGCUGUUGGAGGUAUAUCUUAAAGAUAUGGAAGGCUUGGCAUAUGAGAUCGAAGAUUUCAUAGACUGCUUCCUGAGCAAGUUCAAGCCUCGAGACCGCAAAUUUCCAAGCAGCAUCCCCGGCCGUGCUUGGCGCUUCGCCAUGAGGAUGAUGAUACCCAGCAGCAUCCAGAUAGACUGGAAGAUUCGUGAACUCAACGAGAGAUCAGCAGCUGCAGGCGAGCGCUUCAAGCGUUACGCGGAUACAAUUAAAGAUGCACAAAUCAACCGAAAAGCAGCACCGACUCCCUCACAGGUUGCUUCCCACAUCAGCAUGGAGGACGCGGUCAAGGAGUUGCUUCAACUUCUUCUCCGUAAGCGGAGCGAAUCGGAGAAGAAGAAGCUGAAGGUGAUCUCCAUCGUGGGCUACGGCACGCUAGGUAACACUCAUCUGGUCCACAAAGUUUACAAUAACAAUCAAGUGCGCAAUGAGUUCCAUGUGCGCGCUCGGGUCAAUGCGGCCGGAAAAAUUCUGCGGCAGAUCCUAGAAGAGAUUCAGCAACAGCUACCCCGGAGAAAGAAUGGUGCGGUUACCUCCAACGUAGAUGAUCACAAGGGCAAGUCAGCUGUGGAACACCAGAAAGAUGGAAGGUAUUUGAUUCUAAUUGAUAAUGUGGAUAUAAAAGAAUUGGCGAACGUAAUCAAACACUGUGAUAAUGAAGCUGAGCAGGACAUAUGUGUCGUUGCUACGACUGACUAUACUAAAGCGAUACACUGCAAGUGCUCUUCACCAACGCCCGAUAGCAGUACCACAACCCAAUAUUUGGAGAUAGCAGAACUGACAAACACAACAGAUAUAAAUGAGAUCGAAAGACUUGAAAAAAAGUUGCAAGACGUGCUUGUGAGUAACUACGACAAGAGUCUAUCUAGCCUUGACUUCGAGCAGUGCUUGCUAUACCUUUGCAUGUUCCCACAUGAUCAUCUUGUGAGGUCGAAUCUUCUAAUAAUGAGAUACCUAGCUGAAGGAAUUGUAUUUAGUCAACAGAAGAAGCACGGAGAGGGUAAAUUAUGUAAUCCCCAAGAGUUUUUGAAGAUCCUCACCGACCACAAUGUCGUUCAGCCCAUUCAAGUCAGCAAAAACGGUGAAGUGAAGAGAUGCCAACCUCAUGUGAUGAUGCUCAACCACAUUUCCGGCCAAUCCAAGUCGAAAAAUUUCUUUGCAUUGCUCUGCGGUUCGACAGCCAUACAUGCUUUGGAUGCAGACCAGAAGAAUCCUAUCCGGAGGCUUUCUCUCCAUCCUAUCAGUGAUGAAACUGACAUAUUGAGCUUACCUAAGGCAGAGGCUUUAGCUGUUCUCCGGACUCUGGUGGUAUUUCAUACUGGUAGCCUUGCCAUUGUUUCCCAACUUUCCAAUUACGAGUUACUGCGAGUGCUGGAUCUGAAAAAAUGUGCUGUUCUAACCAAUGAACAUGUCAAGAAGAUAUGUGACCUGCUGCUUCUGAAAUAUCUGAGCCUCGGGGAAGGCAUUGAUGAGAUUCCGAGGGAAAUAGCGAAGCUUGAAUGGUUACAGACACUUGAUAUGAUGAGAACCCAAACAGUUUAUGUGCCCGUGGAAGUCAUGGAGCUCCCACGGUUAAAACACCUCCUGGGAAAGUUUCAGCUAUUCAAAUGUGACAUCACAAAGAAGAAACUGAAAGAGCUACUGUCAACAACUAGCAAUUUGGAGAGAUUUUCAGGAUUUUUUAUCGAUGAUAGCAAAGAAUUUGAACGCCUCAUGAGUCGUAUGGUGAAAUUGAGCAAGGUUAAAAUAUGGUGUGAUGAGAAAAACUGGACUGACGGUGACUCACUCUCAACUGCCAUCAAAACUUUCAGUAAGAAGAGUCACAACCUUUCUUUAGAUGGUCAGAAGAAAGGUUCUCUAUCGAUUGAUUGCAAGGUAUGCCCAAAGAAAAUCCUUGAAUCUCUGAGCGAAUCCAGUAGGCUUACCUCGCUGAAAUUACACGGCGAUUUGACGCCAUUCCUGGGUUUCACAGUCAAUCCAAGUAUGCAGGAGAUAUCGGUGGCAGGUAUUGAAGAGCUAUGUCUUUCAGGGACAAAUCUGAGAGGGGACGAAAUUCUACGCGUCGUUAAACUUUUCAGUGCUUUGACAUAUCUGAAGCUGGUUGAAGAUGAUCUGGGGCCACUCGAGAUACCAAAAGGUUGCUUGCACAGCCUAAAGAGGUUAUGCCUAGUGGGUGUCCAUAUUCUCCGGAAAAUAACAAUCCAAUCUGGAGCUCUGCUUUGUCUUGUCUCACUUCAUAUGCUCGGCAAACAAGAAAAUCCUUCGGCCACUGAAAUCACAAGCCUCAAACAUCUGAAGGAAAUCGGACUCCAUUCUGGAGUCGCUCAAGAUAUAAAAGAAGACUGGCAGUCACAGGCAAGUCAACAUGAAAACAAGCCCAAACUUGUGUUCAUUCAAAGCCCCGAACAUUCUGCAGCAUGAUUAUGGUUUCAUCGAGUAGCAUCACCGUGAGUGUUGCCCAUUGCCCAGUGCUCCAUCGUCAUCAUUUUGUAUCACUUGUCAAAUCUUACAACUAUUUUAAUUGUUUGUGUGCAAUGCAAAGCAUCCCAAUCGAUCUCCUUGUGCCGUACUAGUAGUUUACACUGUUUUUUUCUGCUUCCAACUGUAUUCUGGUUUUCACCACAUAUAAGGUUCACCGUGUAUUCUUGAGUUUGCCCGUUUAGUACGCUAUAUAAGAACACAAGGUGUAUCUGAUACUUUUGGUCUUCGUUGUACA